ACACGUCAAAACCAUUAAGGCAUGAGAUACUGUUGCCACGUCAGUUGCAUCGACACGUGUUCUCGUGACUGAUCUCCUUUUCUCUAGAAUGUCCUCCCUCUACUCUCUUCUUCGCUUCUUCGGUUGAGCUGCACUUCGCCCUGCAUUCCUCAACUAAUUUGAAAGUAACUGAAGUAUUCAAGCAACAGAAAGCAAAAUGGAUCAAACAAGACUAGCUGCCAUCGCAACAAGAUUUUAUAGGGUGCUAUCUUUAGCCCACAAUCAAGUUCAACAACGAGGAUUUGCCGCUAUUUCUUCUGGUCGAGCCGCUGACCCUGCCGUUUACUCCGGGGAUCGUGAUCGUGAAGUGAAACCUGCCGUUCUCUCUGGGAAACCAGAAGAAACAAGAAAUCUAUACAAGCCUGAACCAGCCAAGAGAGAAACGGAAACUGAAGUUGAAUACAAACCCAGUAAAGAAACCGAACCAUUGGCACCACCGAAACCACCGUAUGUUUCUUCUCCUAGGCUUGAAAGCAUUGGAGUGAACCAUCCUGUAGAACCACAGAUUCAACAAAAACGUCAGAACUCACCGGUAACCCUCGAAGAAAUAAACUGUGCGGGGCUUGAUGGGACCCCAUGGCCGAUGGAGAAGGGAACGCAAGUACAAGAAGACGAUAAGGAUUACUAUAGGCAUCACAAGGCGUCCCCUUUAUCGGAGAUUAAGUUUGCAGAUACAAGGACGCCGAUAAAAAGGGCAACUGAUAGCACUGCAGAUGCUAGUGGAAUGGGUAGAGACGUAAUUGGGUGGCGGCCGGAACAGCUUGACACGGCUGAGGAAGCGUUGGAAAGAGCUCGAAAGAUAUGGAGAGAGAAUGCUAUGCGUGGUGAUCCUGAUUCUCCACAUGGACGGGUUCUGAGAGUUCUUCGUGGGGAGUGGUUUUGAGUACUCGGAAUAUGCGUGCUUGAUGUAACUCUUUUAUUUUUUUUUAAGAAUAAAUUCCUUUUUUUUUUUAAGUAGAAUUCCUUGUGUUAUUAAAAGGUCCUAAUUAAUCCCAUGAGUUAUUAUGUAAUAACAGAGAUUUUUUUUUUGUUAAAAAUGUAAUAACAUAGUUUUGUUCCA